UUUUAUGAUUUAUUGGCAUUUAAAAUUUAUUUAAACUGUUGUAAAGUAGAGGGACACCACUUGCCACCACAAAUGAAGAAUGACCCUAAUUAAAAAAUUCUGUCAGUGGAAAACAAUCUAAUAUUUUGUACAACUGACAUGCAUCUUUAUGUGAGAUAUUUUCCAAAUAGAGUAAGAAUUUGAAUUGUAUUGUCAGUCUCCAAGAGGACCCUAAAAUGCAACUUUUCCAUUUAUGUUCAGAUGUUUUUUCCACCUAAAAUGCUGGUGUUGAAUAAAAGUUCAUGGACGCGACACGUGUUGUUAAUAGCCUACCAAAACACGCGGACAAUACAACUGCCUUUUUUUCCCUCCAGAAAUGCGUCUGUGAUCAGUUUCAGAGUUAAUUGGUUCGGAUGGCGCCUGGUGACGUGCGCUCUGCGCCAAACCCCUCCCGGUGACACCGCGCGCUCAGCGCUGGGCGGCCCAGUGUCCCUCAGUCACUGUUGACAGUCAUACAAUGAUUCUGCGCCGUUAGGGGACAGUUCAGGGAGGGGACACCAGCGGAGACCGAAGGAUCCUUUGGAGAGCUCCAGUCCCCUGGAGACGCGAUGGAGACCUCCAGCAGCGUGCCGAGCACCGCGCUCACGCAGCUCCUGAACUUGACAGAGGAUCCCUUCAGCUCCUCGGAGAGUCCUUCCAUGGCAGGGUUACGCGCCACAGAAGAGCCGCUUUCACUCGUGCUCAGCAGCUUCAGGACUGAUGCGGCUCCAGCGGGGCUCCUGGCGGGUCCGUUCUCGCCCUCUGAAGAGCCCACUCACCUGAUUGUGGCUUUCUGGGAUUCACCCUUGAGUCACGGGAUUAACGUGUUUGUUGGCUUUGUCCUGUGCUUCACCAUGCUGGGGCUGGGCUGCACGGUGGAGCUCAGCCAGCUGGGCGAGCACAUCCGCAAGCCCAUAGGGGUCCUGCUGGCGGUGGUGUGCCAGUUUGUCCUCAUGCCCCUCAUCGCCUUCCUCCUGGCUCUGGCCUUCUCCCUCAACGAUGUGGCCGCUAUGGCUGUGCUGCUGUGCGGCUGCUGCCCUGGAGGAAACCUCUCCAACAUCAUGUCACUGCUGGUCAACGGGGAGAUGAACCUCAGCAUCAUCAUGACCAUCUCAUCCACUGUUCUGGCGCUCGUGCUCAUGCCGCUGUGUCUGUGGAUGUACAGUCGCGCGUGGAUCAACACACCCGUGGUGAACCUUCUGCCCUUCGGCGCGAUCAUUCUCACCCUCUGCAGCACCCUCAUUCCCAUCGGGUUCGGGGUCUGGCUAAGAUACCGCUAUAAUCGAGUGGCUGAAAUCAUCAUCAAGGUGUCUCUGUGGUCUCUCCUGGUCACUCUGCUGAUGCUCUUCAUCAUGACUGGAAUUAUGCUGGGUCCGGAGCUGCUGGCCACCAUCCCAGCCUCCGUCUAUCUGGUGGCAGUACUCAUGCCCAUGGCCGGCUAUGCGGCAGGAUAUGGCCUGGCGACGCUCUUCGAUCUCCCCCCCAACAGUCGGAGGACCGUGUCUUUAGAGACGGGCUGUCAGAACGUGCAGCUCUGCACGGCCAUCCUGAAGCUGGCGUUCCCUCCGCAGCUGAUGGGAGGCAUGUAUAUGUUUCCUCUGCUGUACGCGCUCUUCCAGGCAGCAGAGGCUGGCAUCUUCAUUCUGGUUUACCACAUGUACAGGAAAGAGGUAUUACAUAAACAGGACCUCAUGGAGGAUGACGAGGAUGAUACAAACAUAUCCUACAAGAGAAUGAAGGAAGAAGACGUGGCGUUUGAUUCUACGUAUGGUGCGGUAACAGUGAGCGACCCCAACGUCAUCGUGUUGGAGUCACAGGAUGGUGCUGGAAGCCCCACACCUGUAUAAGGGAACAAAAACAACUGACUUAAGACUCACUAUAGACACUGGACCUGAGUAUUUACAUUAGGAUUUAUUCAUGCCACCACUCACUGCUGAAUUUCUUACUAAUCACUCAAAGCAUUAUAACUAAUAUGUGCCAAAAAUGAUUGCAAGACUGUGAAAAUGGAAACUAAUAUCAUGACACACUAAACACACUAGCCAAAUAUUACUGUUCAAUGGAUUUUUUUCUAAAAUUAGUAUAAAAUAUAUUUAAAACAUUAGUAUAAAAUAUAUAACAUAAAUAUAUAUAUAUAUAUAUAUAUAUAUAUAUAGAGAGAGAGAGAGAGAGAGAGAUAAAGAGAGAUUAUUUAUGGCUGUAUAUAAAAGAUAUAUUUUAUAUUUUUUUGUCAUUACUGAGUUAAUUUGAUCAUACGUUCAUUAAUUCUUUUGUUCAUUCAUUAAUUCAUUUAUAUAAUGUAAUAGAGAAAGCCACUUUCAGAGUCUUUCAGAAGUAUGCAAAUUAUACACCAUUUAUAUAGAUUUAUGCGGCUGUUUGUAAAUGAAUCAGUGCUAUUACCUCAGUAAAUGAUUGCAUUGGCUUAUUUGAUUAUGUGGACCAAGAGGAUGAGAAGACUGAUUCACAUCCCAUCUAUGUUGCCUUUAUAAUGCAUGUCACCCACCGUCAGUCUGCUUCUGAUUCUAAAGCUGGGAGAAAAUAUGUUUUCUGAGUUUAUUGCUUCAAAAAUAGUGGAAUUUUACAGGAUUACCACAAUACCAAAGGCUAUAACAACGUGUCAGUGUCAGAUCAUAACAAACGUGAAUGUGAAAAACAGGAUAAAAGCCUAUGGUAAUAAAAACAGGCUUUAUGUAAAAUGAGGUUAUUGUGGACAAGAAUUGAUGAUGCGCUAGUUUCCAUCUGAUAAUAUUCAAAUAUGCAAUCCAUCUCUGUAAUUGAAAUGAAAACAUUGUAUACAUGUUUAUCAGAAUAUGUGAAAACAUCUGCAAGAUGAAUAAAAGUUUAUGACAAGCA